ACUGUUGGAGUCGGUUUGUGUGACAGUCUAACAAAUCCUGGACUGCUUCAGUGACAGACUGGGAAUCUGCUGGCUACUGGCAAACACAACAGAAAGUAAUCACCCUACAUUAUGUAUCACCUGAGGGUGCCAGUGCUUCUCCUCAUGCUGCUUGUGUUGCUGCGCUGCGUCACCACUGCCCCAAGUUACAGGUACUUCAGUCCCAGCUCAUCCAGCGAGCAGGAAAGUGCUCUCCCAGACAGUGACGGCUGGUUAGCUCCUGGGCUAAUCUCCAACCCAUUCCUCGGCCUCAUGGGUACACGGCCGCAAAGGGGGCUCACAGCUAUGAACAGUCACCACAUAGCGAAGAGAAAGUGCAACACAGCCACCUGCGUCACCCAAAGGCUAGCAGACUUCCUGGUCCGCUCCAGUAACACUAUCGGUACAGUCUACGCACCGACCAACGUGGGAUCUGCCACCUACGGCAAGAGGGACCUACUGCAGCCUCCCAGCUACCUGCCUCUGUAGUACCAACUGAGGAAGUUCUACCAGCACUCCCAGUGCUUUGAUGAUAUAACCAGACAUCUUAUGUAACAAUGAUUGUGAGACAUUAAUAAUGACGCCACUGAUAGUAAUGAUGAUGUUCAUGAAGAGAGUGUUCUUGUUUCUUUUAUAAACUUUAGGAAACAGUGCCUUUAAUUUAAAACCAUGUCUUUUUUUCUGGCUUUGUGUGUGUUCUGUUAAUGCUGUUCCACAAUGGCAUGAUAUGAAUAUAAAAUACAUCAAAGUAAAUGAUAAAACAAUAAAUAAAAGAAAACAGAUGUAAAGCCAUAUGAAAUAAAUGUUAUCUGUUGGUUUUGAUAAUAAAAUUGUGAAAAUAUAUAUA